AUGGCACCGAUGUCGUGCGCGCUCUGUCAAAACGCAAAGGCAAUCUUGAAGAGACCAAAAACUGGCCAACAGAUAUGCAAAGAAUGUUUCUUUUUUGUCUUCGAGACGGAGGUACACAAUACCAUCAUCCAGGCGCACUUGUUCGAGCCAGGAGACAGGGUGGCUAUCGGUGCUUCGGGUGGAAAGGAUUCUACAGUUCUUGCAUAUGUUAUGAAGACGCUGAACGAACGAUAUAAUUACGGUCUCGAACUAUUCCUUUUGUCCAUAGACGAAGGUAUCACAGGGUACCGCGAUGAUUCGCUAGAGACCGUCAAGCGCAAUCAACAACAAUACAACAUGCCUCUAAAGAUCUUAUCCUACGAAGAGCUAUAUGGCUGGACAAUGGAUGCGAUCGUCGCAGAGAUCGGAAAAAAGAACAACUGCACUUUCUGCGGUGUAUUCCGGCGGCAGGCCCUUGAUAGAGGUGCCUCUGCAUUGGAAGUCGACCACAUUGUCACUGGACAUAACGCAGACGAUAUCGCGGAAACGGUGUUGAUGAACAUUAUGCGCGGCGACAUCGCUCGCCUUGGCCGAUGUACACAGAUAUGUACACGGGGGGAAGAUACAAUCAAGAGAUCAAAACCUUUCAAAUAUGCGUACGAGAAAGAGAUCGUCAUGUACGCAUACUUCAAAAAGUUGGAUUACUUUUCCACGGAGUGCAUAUAUUCCCCGGACGCUUAUCGCGGCCACGCGCGCACUUUUCUCAAGGACUUAGAGGCUGCCCGACCUAGUGCGAUUAUCGACAUUAUCCAUUCUGGCGAAGCAUUCGAAUUAAGGGAAGAUAUCAAAGCAACGCAGAAGCAACAACAAACAUGCAAAAGGUGUGGUUACAUGUCCAGCAACGACCUUUGCAAGGCUUGUACACUACUAGAGGGCUUGGAACGUGGCAUGGCCGGCUCAGUUAUAACGGAUCGUGCACGCAAGAAGUUGGACGCGAUGGGACCUGCACCGGACAAUUUGAGGACGAUACCCCACUUCCAAUCACCUCGACCAGUCGUAUCCAUCCAAUCACCGUCCCAAGAAAGCUGA